AUGAACAUAUUCAUUCCGAAAACACGCCGGCCAACUUUUGAAGUCCAUUUAAAAAUCCAAGAUCUGUCAAACAUUCCUUUGGUCACUGGACUUGCCUUCAUAAAAUGGAACCUGGAUGGCGUUCAUACUCGGGAGAGUAGUGGACAAACAAAAUGGGAGCCUGUUUUGGAGCACAAAGUAGUAUGGGUUUACGACACAACAAUAGCAGUUCGGUUUGUCAUUGACCAGACCAAUACCCUUCGUGAACGGUUCUUGAAUUUUCAAAUUUACAGUGAUUCUCACAGCAGCUCUGGAAUAGUAAGACUCGGAAGUUUAAAAAUUAAUUUAGCAGAAUAUGUAGGGGUUGGGAUGGAUUCUCGAAAAUACCUACUCUCUGACAGUAAAAUAAAUGCUACUCUUCGUAUCGGUAUUGGAUUAAAACAACUUUCAGGGGCCAACGAUUUUCACGUUACAAAAAAGCUAGGAAAACCUCAGGUGUUUAGCGGUUUAACCGGUUUAUUGACAGAGGGAAAAGAAUUAAAGCGAAGGGAUGAUGAAGCAGCGAUUGCUCCUGGUCUUGCCUCUAAUUGGGCUGAAAAAAUGUUAACUUCUAUUAAAGACUUUAAUCAAAAGGCUAGUACGUUUCAUAUGCAUACAAAAAAUAAUAAAUACGAUACUAAACAAAUCGUUGAUGAUAUUUUUUUUGGUGGAUCUGGUUGGGCCGAAAGGCCUGUACUAUCGGAUAUCCCAGAUGGUACAACCGAUCCUAGAUUGGUUGCUUUGGAAAUCCGUCAGAGAAGUUGGAUUCUUCCAAGUGAAAAAGAACAAGGUAAACCUUUCUUUUAG